CAUGGGCCGUUUGGAGCUGCUGCUCGUGGAGAACUUCAAGUCCUGGCGAGGCCGCCAGGUCAUCGGCCCUUUCAGGAGGUUCACCUGCAUCAUCGGCCCCNGGUCCCCAGGAAAAUCUAAUGUCAUGGAUGCACUUAGUUUUGUCAUGGGAGAGAAAACGGCUAAUUUAAGAGUGAAACAUAUUCAAGAACUUAUUCAUGGAGCACAUAUUGGAAAGCCUAUUUCUUCUUUUGCAAGUGUAAAAAUUGUGUAUGUGGAGGAAAAUGGAGAAGAAAAAACAUUUACAAGAAUUAUUCGAGGAGGAUGCUCAGAAUUUCGUUUUGAUGAUAAUCCUGUGAGUCGUUCCACUUAUAUCGCAGAGUUGGAAAAGAUAGGUAUAUUAAUCAAAGCACGGAACUGUCUAGUUUUUCAAGGAACUGUAGAGUCGAUUUCAAUGAAAAAACCCAAAGAAAGAACCCAGUUUUUUGAGGAAAUCAGCACUUCAGGAGAGCUUAUAGGAGAAUAUGAGGAAAAGAAAAGAAAGUUACAGAAAGCUGAAGAGGAUGCACAGUUUAAUUUUAAUAAAAGAAAAAACAUAGCUGCAGAGCGCAAACAUGCAAAAUUAGAGAAAGAUGAGGCAGAACGUUACCAGACUCUCCUUGAAGAACUUAAAAUAAAUAAGAUUCAACUGCAGCUUUUCAAGCUAUAUCAUACUGAGAAAGAAAUUCAUUUGCUGAACACUGAGUUAGAGAAUGUGAGUAGGAAUUUGAGUGACACAAAAGAAUCUCUUUCUCAUCAUGAAAACGCAGUGAAAGCCAAGAAAAAGGAGCAUGGGAUGCUAACUAGACAGCUGCAACAAACAGAAAAAGAAUUAAAAUCUCUUGAAGCACUUUUAAAUCAGAAGAGGCCCCAAUAUAUUAAAGCCAAAGAAAACACUUCUCACCAUCUUAAGAAAUUAGAUGUGGCUAAGAAAUCCGUGAAGGACAGUGAAAAACAAUGUUCUAAACAGGAAGAUGACAUAAAAGCCCUAGAGACAGAGCUGGUUGAUCUAGAUGUUGCAUGGAAAAGUUUUGAAAAGCAAUCGGAAGAAGUCCUACAGAAAGUGCGAGACAUUGAAUUAGAAGCCAGUCAGCUGGAUCGUUAUAAAGAACUUAAGGAACAAGUAAGGAAGAAGGUGGCUAUAAUGACCCAACCACUGGAAAAACUGCAGUGGGAACACAAGGCUGAUAAGGAAAGACUGGCAUUUGAAAAGAGGAGGCAUGGAGAAACUCAGGAAAAUCUAAAACAAGUAAACGAACAAAUAGAAGAUCAUAAAAAGCGAAUAGAGAAGUUGGAGGAGUACACAAAAACAUGCAUGGAUUGCUUGAAAGAAAAAAAACAGCAAGAGGAAAUACUAGUGGAUGAAAUUGAAAAAACAAAAUCAAGAAUUGCGGAAAUUAAUGAAGAGAUGAGUCUUAUUAGAAGUGAACUGCAGAAUGCUGGGAUUGAUACCCAUGAGGGAAAACGCCAGCAAAAGAGGGCAGAGAUUCUGGAAAACCUUCAAAAACUUUACCCAGACGCUGUGUUUGGAAGACUGCUUGACCUGUGUCAUCCUAUUCAUAAGAAGUACCAGCUGGCUGUCACUAAGCUUUUUGGCCGGUACAUAGUCGCCAUUAUUGUAACCUCUGAAAAAGUAGCAAGAGAUUGUAUUCAAUUUCUGAAGGAGGAAAGAGCCGAACCUGAGACAUUCCUUGCUCUAGAUUUCAUUGAUAUCAAGCCAAUUAAUGAAAGGUUGCGGGAGAUUAAAGGCUGUAAAAUGGUGAUUGAUGUCAUAAAGACUCAGUUUCCUCAGCUGAAGAAAGUAAUUCAGUUUGUGUGUGGAAAUGGCCUUGUCUGUGAGACUGUGGAGGAAGCAAGGCACAUUGCCUUUGAUGGACCUGAAAGACGGAAAACAGUAGCUCUUGAUGGAACAUUAUUUUUAAAAUCUGGGGUGAUCUCUGGAGGUUCAAGUGACUUAAAAUACAAGGCUCGAUGCUGGGAUGAGAAAGAGAUAAAGAAUUUAAGAGACAGAAGAACCCAUCUAAUGCAAGAAUUAAAGGAUUUAAUGAAGAUGCUUCGCAAGGAAGCAGAUUUAAAACAAAUACAGGCUCUAGUACAAGGAACCCAUACACGACUCAAAUACUCACAGAGUGAACUAGAGAUGAUGAAGAAAAAGCACCUUGCUGCCUUUCAGCGGGAGCAAUCUCAGCUACAAAGUGAACUACUAAAUAUUGACUCUCAAUGUUCUAUGUUGAAUGAAGCAAUCAAAAAGUGGCAACAAAGGAUUAAAGAACUUCAAGAAAAGAUAGACAAGGUUGAAGAUGAUAUUUUUCAACACUUCUGUGAAGAAAUUGGUGUGGAAAAUAUUCGUGAAUUUGAGAAAAAACAUGUUAAACAGCAACAAGAAAUUGAUCAAAAAAGGUUAGAAUUUGAAAAACAAAAAACUAGGCUUAAUAUUCAACUAGAAUAUAGUCGCAAUCAGCUGAAGAAGAAACUAAAUAAGAUCAACACAUUAAAAGAAACUAUCCAGAAAGGUAGAGAAGACAUUGAUAACCUGAAGAAGGUUGAAGAAACUUGUCUGCAGGCUGUGGAUGAGCUCAUGGGGAAGCGGCAGCAACUGCAGGACGCAUUUGCCGCCCAGAAUUCCAAAGUGGAGAAAGCCCACGCUCAAACUGAAGAGGAGCGGAAGAAGUUCUUGGCUGUUGACAGGGAAGUGGGAAAACGGCAAAAAGAAGUUGUGGUUGUUCAGUCUUCUCUGGAACAGAAAUGGCUAGAGAAGCAUAAUAUGCUGCUUGAUUGCAAAGUUCAAGACAUUGAAAUCCAUCUUCUGUUGGGGUCCCUAGAUGACAUCAUUGAAGUAGAGCUGGGAACUGAAGCGGAAAGCAGCCAGGCCACAGUGGACAUCUAUGAAAGAGAAGCAGCCAUUGAGAUAGACUACAGCUCCCUGAGAGAGGACUUGAAGGCUCUACAAUCUGAUAAGGAAGUUGAGGCCCAUCUUAAACUCCUUCUGCAACAAGUAGCCUCGCAAGAAGAAGUCCUGUUGAAGACAGCAGCCCCGAACCUCCGAGCCUUGGAGAACCUGAAGACUGUCCGAGACAGGUUUCAGGAGUCCACAGAUGCUUUUGAGGCCAGCAGAAAGGAAGCCAGAAUGCGUAGGCAAGAGUUUGAACAGGUGAAAAAAAGGAGAUAUGAUCUUUUCAGCCAGUGUUUUGAGCACAUCUCAGUCUCAAUUGAUCAAAUCUACAAGAAGCUCUGCAGAAACAACAGUGCCCAAGCAUUUCUUAGCCCAGAGAACCCAGAAGAGCCUUACUUGGAGGGAAUCGGCUAUAACUGCGUGGCCCCCGGCAAACGGUUCAUGCCGAUGGACAACUUGUCGGGGGGAGAGAAAUGUGUGGCAGCUCUGGCGCUCCUGUUCGCUGUGCACAGUUUCCGGCCUGCGCCGUUCUUUGUUCUGGAUGAAGUGGACGCAGCCCUGGACAAUACGAACAUCGGCAAAGUAGCAAGUUAUAUCAAAGAGCAGACUCAAGAACAGUUUCAGAUGAUAAUCAUCUCCCUCAAGGAGGAGUUCUAUGCCAAGGCCGACGCCCUGAUCGGCAUCUACCCAGAGCACGAUGACUACAUGUUCAGCCGAGUUCUGACUUUAGAUCUUUCUCAGUAUCCAGACACUGAAGGCGAAGAAGGCAGCAGGAGACAGCGAGAGUCCCGCUAGGGUCCGAGUGCCCCGGCGCAGCUGCCGGCUCUCAGAGCGGAUGAGUUAGCUGUGUCAGGUCAUCACUGUUCAGUUCU